AGGGGUAUGAUAAGGAGUUGCUCACUCUGACACCAGAGGACUGGGAUUUCUGUUGCAAGGGUUUGGCAUUGGAUCUGGAAGAUGGCACCUUCAUCAAACUUGCAGCCGAUGGCACUGUGCUCAGGUAAUCCGAGGUCAUUGUGGUCAGAGUCUUACUCCUUCCAGGGUACUUUAUGACUAGUAUAUUGUCCUUAAGCUACAAGAUAAGGUUAUUAUUUUAGUCAAUCAGAUGGAGGAUAGCAGCUCUGUAUUACUUUUCACUUCUUAGAAAUAUUGCAGCAAAUACAGUAGAAAUGACAUGCCUUGUGACAUUUACCUACCCUCUUCUUUUUUUUCAAAAGAUCGUGGAUAUUUCACUGUUCCUCUUUUAUUAGGUACUUAGCAUCAGAGAUCAUUUGAUAAAGAAGAUGCAGAUGGGUACUGGGUAGGGGUUGAUGGUCCAUGUAUACCCCAUUAGGCUGUGGUCUGUGUAUACCCCAUUAGGCCAUGGCCUGUGUAUACCCCAUUAGGCCAUGGUCUGUGUACCCCAUUAGGCCAUGGCCUGUGUAUACCCUGUUAGGCCAUGGUCUGUGUAUACCCCGUCAGGCCAUGUUCUGUGUAUACCCCAUCAGGCCAUAGUCUGGGUAUACCCCGUCAGGCCACACUUGUUUCCCUCAUGCAUGCUCCUCGUGGACAUCAUCAGCCGCACGCUCUGGUUUCCUUUCUGUUCCACUUUUCUGAGUGCAUGCAGCCCUCACAGGGGUUGAUCAGGCUAUGGGAAACAGUCAGUAGCUGCUGUCACUACUGAGUCUCUGGGCAAGCACCGUGGAGUGAAGAUCUAUUUCCCACCUCGUGCUAACAGUGUGGACACACCAGCAUGGCCGUGCAGGUGUGCUGUUACUAUUUAUACCCAGUUGGUCAGCGACAAAGAGGACUCACUCUAGGACCCUGUAAAUACUCCCUCUUUUGAUACUUCUGAUACAUCACUUGCUCAAUAAUCAGGCUGCUUUCGUAUUUCUCCCAGACUCUCCCCUAAGGUACUUCUAAUGUUCAUAUUUCUCCCAGAUACUCCCCUAAGGUACUUCUAAAAGGAGCAGGUAUGGCCUUAUCUCUUAUUAUUUUGUAAUUUGUUUCCCUAUUUUUUUUUUCAGGCAACUAGUGAGUGUGUUUAUCUGUAUGCAAUAUGUAAAUACUACAUCCGUUACCUUUAAUUCUGUAAGUCUGUGGUCAGCUUAGUAGUGUUCUUGGCAGUCUUCACUCAUUCUCUAGUUGUUAACAUCUAUCUGUCUGUCUGCCCUGUCUCUGUCUCUCUGAAUUCAACUUCUUAAAAGCCUGAAGUUUCUCUUGCACGCUUUCUCUCCUUGAUGGCUUCUUUCAUCCCACACAGUGAAUUCUGGUCUGCUCAUUUGUUUCCCUAGGAUCCCUCCACCUUGACACAGCAUUCUGAAGGGUCAGCCUCUAAAUAAAAGAACUCCAUGUAUAUUCUUUGUUCUUCCUUCAUUUCUUCAUAAUUUCAUCAAAAUGAAAUACACUGUAUGUUCUCAUAAUGAGCUAUUUAAAAUAUCAACUAUCUACUUAUCUGCAUGAUGAGAGUCCCCUAGCAAGGCUCUAGUGGAGAAAAGCAGAUUUCUGAGCAGAGAACCUAGCUAUUUCUUCAUCCUGUCUGUUUGGCACAUUCCUGUGUGCUUCCAGUGUGUUUUUUGAUCCAAUGUAUGUAACCUUGUGUGGGUGGGUUGUCCAGUCUUAUCCUCACAGGCCCUUGGUGCCAGGUGCCUACCACUCCUGGGGAUCUGAUGUGGUUCAUCUUCUAACCUGCUCUUCCUCACUGCUGCCCAAGUCAGCCUUCCCACUGUCUGCAUGGUUGUCUCCUAAUUGUUCCAGUUGAAUAUGUAUUUUGCUCUUGCUUUGUGUGUGUGCCAUUGAGGAUAGAAUCCAGGGCCCACACACAUGCUAGGUGAGUUCCCUACCACCAAUCCACAUCCCCAAUGCUUUCCUUUUUCUUUUACAUCUGAGACAAGGUCUCGUAAGUUUUCCAGAAUGGCUUUGAACUUGUGGCCCUCUGGAUCUGGGAUUCCAAGCAUGUACCACAACACCAGCUUUGCCUCAUCUUUUGAUGACUCCACAGCUUCUCUAGGAAAGGGCAGAGGCUACUGCAGCAGUGACCUCAUGGAGGGCAGCUCCUCGUCACUUGCGAGUGGAUGGACUAAAAGGGGAAGCGCCACAGCUGUGUUGGAAACCCCAGAGCAUCCAAACGAUGAUCUUUGAACUCACCUGCUCCUACUUGUGUUACUUAGGGCAAGCCACGGCACCAGGAUGAUGACUCUGGAGGCGCUGGCCGAGGCCUAUGGCCAGAAGAACUGGAGGCACUGUGUGACAGACAAGCACUGUGCUGCGUCAAACGUCGACAUUCCCUGCUGCUCAGGCAAGUGUUACUUCUAUGAUAACUACUUUGACCUGCCAGGGGCUCUUCUGUGUGCCAAGGUGGUGGACUCUUUAACAAAGCAGAACAGAGGUCAAAAAACAUUUGAUUUUUGGAAGGAUGUAGUUGCUGGUAUACAACACAAUUUUAAAAUGUCAGCCUUUAAGGAAAAUUGUGGAUUCUUCUUCCCAGAAAUAAAAAGAAAUCUGGGCAAGUAUGUGCACCGCUGUCCUGAUUCUGUAAGAAGAUGGCUUCAACAGCUGAAGGCUGCUGGGAAAAUUACCAUGUUGAUCACCAGUUCUCACAGCGACUACUGUAAACUUCUUGGCACUUACAUCCUCGGGAAGGAUUUUGCAGACCUUUUUGACAUUGUGAUUACAAAUGCAUUAAAGCCUGGAUUCUUCUCGCAUUUCCCGAGCCAGAGGCCUUUCCACACUCUCGAGAACGAUGAGGAGCAGAAGGAGCUGCCUUCUCUGGAUAAACCUGGCUGGUACUCCCAAGGGAACGCUGCCCACCUUUAUGAGCUUCUGAAGAAAAUGACAGACAAGCCUAAACCCAAGGUCGUUUACUUUGGGGACAGCAUGCACUCAGAUAUUUUCCCAGCCCAUCACUAUAGUAACUGGGAGACAGUCCUCAUUCUUGAGGAGCUUCAGGGACAAGAGAUGGAGAAGGCUGAGGACGCAGAACCUCUGGAAAAGAGAGGAAAAUAUGAGGAACCAAAGGUAAAGCCUCUAAAUUCCUUGUCAAAUAAAUGGGGCUCAUAUUUUACUGACUCAGUCUCGAGACGAGGGCAUGCAGAAGACUCUUUGGUUUACACGUGGUCCUCUAGGAGGAUCAGCGCCUACAGCACUAUUGCAAUUCCAAGCAUCGAAGCGAUUACAGAGUUACCCCUGGACUACAAAUUUACAAGAUUCUCUACAAACAAUUCAAAAACAGCUGGUUACUAUCCAUUGGUCCAUUAUGCCUUGGGUUCUCAAGAUACAGGCAGCAAAAUAAUAUUUACUGAACAAUGAACCAACCAUAUGUGCAGCAGACACACUGUUAAAAAAAGUUAAUUUUCAAAAAAUGCAAACGAUUUAUAGGAACAAUUUUUCAAUGAAAAUUGACCAAAUGGGUACUUGUUAAUCCGUCUGUUUAAAAUAUAUAUAUCAUUUUAUAUAAAUAAUUUUAAUGUUUAACAGUUCUUGUUAUAGUAAAAUUUUUAGUACCCUAAACUGAAAAAGAAUAUGUUUAAUAUUUUCUGUACUAGUAGUUUUGAGGAUUCUCCCAAGAUGAUAACAAACACCUAUGCAAGAGUAUAUUUAUACGUCUACCUAGUCCAGCAUUUUCCAAAGCCUGGUCCACAGACUGAUAGCAGAGCAACAUAGAACUUGAAAAUGCAAAUUUGAAUGCCUUCUGAACCUUCUGAAUCAGACACUUUGGGAGUAGGGCCCAGCAAUGGCUUUUAAACAAGCCUUCCAGUGAAUGUGAUUCUCAACUGUGAUUUGAGACCUAGUGAAUAAACUCUGUGCUCCAAAAAUAGAUUUGUAUAGUUAAAUACCGGUGAAUAUUCAUAUCUUUGAUAUGUCCAUUUCAAAAAGUGUAACCAGAAUUGAUAGCCAACACCAGAGUCUAAUGAAACUCAGUUCUUUUUCCAAGCUACCAAGCUUUUUGCUAUUUCUUUUUUUCCCAAAAUAUAUAAAGAGACAUGAUUUCUUGAGAUAAUAUAACCUUACUCCUAAGUAUUAAUUUCCCCCAUUAGGAAGAAGUUAGAUUUAUACCUAUUAAACUGAGUUCCAGGUUUGUCCUUGGGAAGAGAGGAAGAAAUGGCUGAGAGCAGCACUGUUCAGAGCUGUAUCAGUCCACUGCAGGUCAGGGAGGUGUGUUCUGGGGGGUUCCCUUAGCUGUGUGAGUAACAUUUUCAUCAGAUCAUAUGCACACAGGAUGUUUGGCUUCGGUUGAUGGAAGUUCCUGGGUCCUCUUUUGACUCUUAACUGCACUGUCCAUAGUAGACAAGACUAGAACACAUUAUCAUUAUUUUUUUCGUGGAAUUUAGCUUAUGAACAUAUGUACUGAAAAGCUAUUUUCUUAAAAUGUGUAAAUGUUCAGAUAAAUCCCAAGUGUACUAUGAGGAUGUGUUUCUCAGGGUAAUUAAAAGGAUAAUGUUUUUCCUUAUCGUCUGUAUCUUUGAUGCUGAUCAAUAAGUAUACAUAGACAGUGAUGUAUUUGAUCUCCAAAAUGUCGUUGGAGUGUUAUACUGAGCACGCACAAUCCAGCUUAGGGCCAAAUAAAAGAUGCUAUCUAUUGUACGCUUUAGUAGAGGUUUCACUUUGCUUUAAAAUAAAACUUAUUUUUCCCUA